CUUGGCAACCGGCGGCCGGCAACGGCGGCGGAGACGAGUCGUUGAGGCAGAGGGGCGAGCCAGGCCGCUCCGGACCUCGCCGGGGCGUCGCUGGGCCCGCGCCAGAUAGUGACCCAGCUCCCCACCCCCCGCAGAGGGACUAUGAGAAAAUGGUCAGGCAGACGAGGAAUAAGCUCAGGGAAGCGGCUGCAGAACCGUCUCAGUCCCGGCCGGUGCAGUCCAAGCGGCGGCGCCGGGCCACGGGAGCCGGGGAGCCCGAGAUGGAGGAGGGGACGAAGAAGGCGGUGGAAGAGCCCGAGCCGCCUCCACAGCCUCCUCAGCCUCCGCCCGUAGGCUGCGGGAACCUGCCCGGGGGCUCCCGGGAGUACUCGCCGCGGAGGACUCGAAAUCUGAAGGCGCCCAACUGCCUGCAACUGGAGGCGGUCGCCAGGUCCCUUCUCCUCGGCCGCUUCCAGUUCCUGCAGUGCUUCCUGGAGCUACUCCGAGAAAAGGUGCUGGUAUUACAGACGCGUCGGUUCUCGAACAAGACCACCCUCAGCAUAGCUGCCUUUGUGGGACUUUUACACUGGAUACAUUUAGUAACACUUUUUGAAAAUGACCGUCAUUUUUCUCACCUCUCAUCUUUGGAACGAGAGAUGACUUUUCGCACUGAAAUGGGUCUUUAUUAUUCCUACUUCAAGACCAUUAUUGAGGCCCCUUCCUUUUUGGAAGGGCUGUGGAUGAUCAUGAAUGACAGGCUCACUGAAUAUCCCCUUGUAAUCAACACGGUGAAGCGCUUCCAUCUUUACCCCGAGGUGAUCUUGGCCUUCUGGUAUCGCAUAUUCAUGGGAAUAAUGAAUAUUUUUGGGAUAGAAGCUAAGACCUGCUGGAAUGUCACCAGGAUAGAACCUCUUAAUGAAGUUCAAAGUUGUGAAGGGCUGGGAGACCCUGCUUGCUUCUACGUUGCUGUAAUUUUUAUUUUAAAUGGACUAAUGAUGGGAUUGUUCUUCUUAUAUGGUGCAUACCUGAGUGGGACUCAGCUAGGAGGUCUAAUUACAGUAAUGUGCUACUUUUUCAACCAUGGAGAGGCCACCCGUGUGAUGUGGACCCCGCCUCUCCGGGAAAGCUUCUCGUACCCAUUCCUUGUACUGCAGAUGUGGAUUUUAACUGUGAUUCUCAGGACCCCGAACUCAAGCAACAAUAGAAAUCUUUAUAUUGCUCUCUGCGCUUCCAACGUCGCAUUCAUGCUUCCCUGGCAGUUUGCUCAGUUCAUACUUUUUACACAGAUAGCUUCAUUAUUUCCCAUGUAUGUUGUGGGGUACAUUGAACCAAGCAAAUUUCAGAAGAUCAUUUAUAUGAACAUGAUUUCAGUUCUUCUUUGUUUCAUUCUGAUGUUUGGAAAUCCAAUGUACUUAUCUUCUUAUUAUUCUUCAUCUUUGUUAAUGACAUGGGCAAUAAUUCUACACAGAUGUAAAAUUCAAAAAUUUGGAGUAUCUGAACUCAACUAUUGGCUUAUUCAAGGUUGUGCCUGGUUGAGUGGAACAAUCAUUUUGAAAUUCCUGACAUCUAAAAUCUUGGGCGUUUCAGACCACAUUCGCCUGAGUGACCUCAUAGCAGCCAGAAUCUUAAGAUAUACAGAUUUUGAUACUUUAAUAUAUACCUGUGCUCCAGAAUUUGACUUCAUGGAAAGAGCAACUCCACUGAGAUAUACAAAGACAUUACUGCUUCCAAUUGUCAUGAUGGUUGCUGGUUUUAUUUUUAAGAAGACUACUCGUGAUGUUUCGUGUGUCUUAUCUACAAACACUUUUCUAAGAAAACAGCUCCUUGAACAUGGUGAGCUGAUUUUCCAUGCACUGCAGCUGUUGGCGUUUAGUGGCCUUGCCGUUUUAAUUAUGAGGCUGAAGUUGUUCCUGACCCCACACAUGUGCGUUAUGGCAUCCUUGCUCUGCUCGCGACGGCUCUUUGGCUGGCUUUUUUGCAGAAUCCGUUUUGAGAAUGUUAUCUUUGGCAUUCUAACAGUGAUGUCAUUGCAAGGUUGUGCAAACCUCCAUAAUCAAUGGAGCAUUAUAGGAGAAUUUAAUAAUUUGCCACAGGAAGAACUUAUUCACUGGAUCAGAUACAAUACAAGACCAGAUGCUGUUUUUGCGGGUGCCAUGCCUACAAUGGCAAGUAUCAAGCUGUCCACCCUUCAUCCCAUCGUGAAUCAUCCGCACUACGAGGACGCGGACUUGAGAGCCCGGACAAAAAUUGUCUAUUCUGUAUAUAGCCGGAAAUCUGCAAAAGAAGUGAGAGAUACAUUGUUGGAGUUACAUGUAAACUACUAUGUUUUAGAGGAAGCCUGGUGUGUUGUGAGAACUAAGCCUGGCUGCAGCAUGCUUGAAAUCUGGGACGUGGAAGACCCUUCCAAUGCAGCAAAUCCACCCUUGUGCAGUAUCUUGCUCAAGGACCCAAGGCCCUACUUCACCACAGUGUUCCAGAACACCAUGUACAGAGUUCUGAAGGUUAACUGAGACCCAGCUACCCCCACUACACUGCAGUACACAGCACCGGGGGCAGGGAAGAGGGUUGGUGGGUGGGAGAGAGAUAUCACUUUUUGGCUUAUUUUUACUAGUAACAAUCACACCUUUUAUAACGGGUGCUUGGAAAGAAGAAAUAUAUAAAGGUGGUCCCAUUACCAAAAGUAAAUUCCUUUGUUUUCCAUUGAAUGUCAUCCCUAACCUUCUCAUCAGUAAAUGAUUUCAUAUUGACUUAACAAAUUUCACCUUAGCAUUUUAAAGAAAACUAUUCACAAGGAAAAAAAAGUGAAACUUAUUAAAUCAAAGAUAUGUAAGUCCAUUUUUAUACAGCUAAGUUAAUUGCUUCAGGUUUUUCUAGGGUGUUUCCUAUUCAAACUUCUUAAACCUCUUACAACGGAGAAGUUGGGCUGCGAAGUGUCCAUGACAUCCCGAUGUUGGUCACAGCCUCUUCACCUCGGUGAGGACACUGUCACUCUGUGCCUUUCCGGGGCUUUUGGGUUUUCUCUGACUGGCUCUCUUUAACAACUG